AUGGACACGAUCUACAACCGGCGAAAGCAAGCGGAAGACGAGCUCGUGAGUCUUCGCGACAAACUCAGCGAGUUGCGCAAAGCCAAAGAAGACGAGACGUCGCACUUGGAUAUCCAGCUGCAAAAGCUCAAGGCUGAGCUCUCGACCAUCAACAAGAAUACCAACAACGAGCUCGCAAUGAUCCAGGCCCAAGUCAAAGAGACAUUGGACAAGGCGUUUGAGAAGCAAAACAUCGAUAUCCAAGCGCUGAAUGAGCGCCACCUGCAGCUCACGCGCAAGCUCGAGGCCGACACGACCGAGCACCGCGACAUUGAGGACGGACUGCGCAAAGCCAAAUGCAAGAUUGGCGUCGAAGUCGCGGGGACGAUCGAAAAGUACGACGCUGAAAUGACCGUGCUGGCGACCGAGAUCGAUACGAUCCAAGCGCAGUACACAAAGGAGCUCAAGGAGCUCCAUGAACUCUCCGAGCACUUUAAAAAGAUUGAUGAGGAGCAACGGCGCAUCGAUGCCGAAGAGAAGGUGCUCGAAGCGGUCCGCGCCGAAGAGCGCCGGCAAGUCCAAGUCUUGCACGACGCAGCAACCAAGAUUCAAAAAGUGUUUCGUGGCAACGUGGUGCGGAAGGAGCUCGCGGCCAAGAAGAAGGGCAAGAAAGGCGGCAAGGGCAAGGGCAAGGGCAAAAAGAAAAAGUAA